AUGAAUCCAAUUAAUGGUGGGACAAUAAAAAAGAGUUUGGGACAAGGGAAGAAUAAGAAAACUCAGCCACAACAAAGUUUGGGGAAAGAGAAGAAUAAGAAAACUCAGCCACAACAGCCACAAGUUGAAAUCCAAAAUGAAGUUGCACCUGAGGAUAAUAUUGUAGCCCAAGUUGUUCCAAAUUCUUUCACAAGUGGUCUUCCUUCAUUGGAUGAACGAUUGUCUAUAUAUGCAUCUGUGAUGAUACGAAUGGGAAGAAUGAUGGAGGAAUUUGGAAAUACUCAAAAUGAAAUAAAGGAGUCUCUCAAGUGGCCAGCUUCCAGUGUUGUCAGGCAGAGGCUGCAUGAUGAAAGAGGUCUUCGUAUUUUGCGCACUAAGACUUCUAUGGUAUUUGAUGAUAAAGUCUUGGAGCUGUUGAGCUGCCUCUACAGAGCCUCUGAUGCUGCAAAGCUGUGGUGUGGGCUGAUUCUGAGCUGUCAAUAUCCUACUGAAUUUGGAGGGUGGAAGCUGAAGAGUUACUGCUUGGCGUAUUUUCAGCUGGUUUAG